AUUCGAAACUGAAUGCAAAUUCGCAUUUGCACUAUCUACUUCCUUUAUUAUUCUUCCCCUUCCGCAAAUGAAAGUUCAAAUAUCGAUUAACAUUUCUCGAAUUCGCGUCUUCGAUGAUUGUUGUCAUAAUUUCAAAAGCCGUUUAGCAGCUUUCCGCUGAUGUGCUAAAACCUGAAUCAGAAUGAGGUGUUAAACCAGUGCUCUUUAGUUUAUCAAUCAGUCAUUCUGUGCAUUCAUAAGUCGAAGAUGUUUUUUCCACAAGUGAAUAAAGUUUAUCUCUCAAUGUCUGCAGCUUCUAUCCUGAUGAUAAUCAACGGAAUUUCUCUUUCCUGGUCAUCCCCGUCAAUGCCAAAACUCACCAACUGCACUACCAAUCCAUUCGGAAGAGACAUCUCCACAUCCGAAGUCACUUGGAUUUCCUCCUUGGUACCAAUAGGGGCUUCAGUGGGGCCUUUCCUCUUCGGUUGGAUGACGAAUAAGUUUGGAAGGAAAUUCACCAUUCUGUCGUUUGGAGUACCGUUUCUGAUAUCUUACCUGAUGAUGGCGUUCUCUACCACGGUGGAGGUAUUCUACGUUGCUAGAUUCGUUGUGGGUGUGACUCUAGGAGGGUGUUUCACGGUACUGCCUAACUAUUUAGGGGAAGUAGCGGAGAAGAGGAACAG